ACUGAUCUCUAGUGCAUCUGAAAGUGAAAGAUCGAGAGAAGCGAAUAAGGGUAAUGUGGUAGAGCAUUUAGCAGAAAACAAGGAAUUAUGGCGCUGGAUUUUGUGGCGGGCUGCCUUGGAGGGUGUGCUGGGGUUCUGGUUGGCCAUCCAUUUGAUACUGUGAAGGUACGGCUACAAACACAAGAUCCAGCAAAACGUCUUUAUAAAGGGACUUUUGAAUGCUUCAGGACCAUUGUAGCAAAAGAAUCUGCACUUGGAUUAUACAAGGGGAUGGCUUCUCCACUUUACGGAUUAGCACUUAUCAAUGCCAUAGUCUUUGGAGUCCAAGGAAAUGUUCAGAGAAGAAUGGCAAAUCCAGAUACACUAAAGAGCCACUUCUUGGCAGGUGCUACAGCUGGUCUUGUACAGUCUGUAGUGUGUAGUCCCAUGGAACUGGCCAAAACAAGGAUGCAGAUUCAAGGGCAGGGUGAAUCAAGAACACAGUUCAAAAGCACAAAACAUUUGUAUACAGGCCCAAUUGAUUGCCUGAGGAAGAUCUACAAAGCACAUGGGAUUCCUGGGGUGUUUAAAGGUUUUACUCUCACCGUUGUGAGAGAAACACCCAGUUUUGGAAUUUAUUUUGCUACUUAUGAGUAUUUGUGUAGAAAGAUGGUAGAGCAACCUGAUGAUGAUGUGAGUAUGUUAGGCUUGUUAAUGGCGGGGGGCUUCAGUGGUAUGGCUUCGUGGAUUGCUACUUACCCUGUUGAUGUUAUCAAGUCUCGGAUACAAGCUGAUGGGGGUAGUGGUCAAAAUCAGUAUAAAAAUGCUUAUGACUGUUUCCAAAAAUCUAUUAAAGCUGAAGGGCAUGGGUGCUUAUGGACUGGGCUAAACUCUACUCUACUAAGGGCCUUUCCAGUAAAUGCUGCAACUUUUACUGUGGUAGCACUUUUCCUGAGGUCUGUGCGUCCAAGUGAGGAUGAGACAAUGGAAACGAUAUCGGGUCAUCACCACACAAAACUGGGCAGUGAAAUCCACACUGUGGACAGAAUAGCUGGGGCAACGGCUACUGAAAUAUAGUGUGUAAAAAUUGAAAAGAUAGGUAACUAGUGAAUUGUCACUUGACAAACACUUGAUAAACAUUGAUGUAAUGGCAUAAGUUUACUUUUUGCAGCAAAACUGUGACUUCAACUCAUAGAGCCAAAGAUGAGUUUUUUUUUCAGAAUUGUCGAUUUAACAGAUCAAUAGAUUAACAUGCUGCCUCUUGUUUCCAACAUACUGAUAUAAUCUCCAGCUUUUCUGUUAAUCAGUAAAACUGAUUGCAUUUAGCCACAGUCCUCGCAGACUUGUAUCAAUCUGUGUACGUAUAUAGUUUCUAUGGGAAUGAGCCCCUAGUGCAUCUUAAUAGCUUGCAUCAUUCAUUCACGAGGUGGCAUAACAUGAUUUAUGGAAUUUUAACCAAUAUACAGAUACUCAGAUGCACUGAUGUGUUUAGAGUGCCAUUUUAGCGUAGUUCUUCACCUGUUAUUGUGAAAACCACUUAUCUCUUUAUUAUUUUGUGAGCCAUGAAUUGCAUUUAUGGUAUAGGUAUACUUGGAGGUUGAAGUGGAUGGAAUGGGGUUCCACCAAUACCAUGGCAGGAGUGAAUUUAAUCUGCCUACCUUUCAUGUUUUGGCAAACCUACUUGGCGUUGUGUACACAUGGUGAUUCCACUAUCAAAAAUACAAGGCCUUAUUGGCCUUGUUAACCAUUUUAUUCAUUUUCUCUGGUCUAAACAGGUCUUACCAAAUUCCAAAACAAAGAAAUGGACAAUUCCUCCAGUGUAUAACCCCUCCCGCCCCUCAAAAAAAAAAAAAAAAAAAAAAAAA